AUGGCCGCGCUAGCAACUGGCGGCGUGGUGUAGUGGGUAGUAGUCUUGUGCACUGUCAAUAUUGGGACCAGGGUUCGAGUCCUUUUGGCGGAAAUCGUUUUUGCCGGCUCAUAUCCUUAACACUUUCACAUUUUUGCGAGAUUUUUUCAAAGAUUUACAUCAAAACGUGCAGAAAACUAUUAUUUCAGUUCUCAAAUCGAUGUUCAGGGGAGACCAUACCCUAGUUAGAUAACCACGAAAAUAAAAACUUUUGUUUGAGCUGCGCAUUGAGCCAUUUUAGGCUGUUAUAGCUUUAAAUUUUUAGGUUCAUUUUGAGGAAAUUCGAAAAAUACAUCUAUGUGAAACAUUGGUAUGUACAGCCUAUCAAAAUUUCAGCGAAUUCUGAUCUUUUUAAGCCAAGUUGUUGCCAAAAGACCAAAUAGGCUGAUCUUUAUGGCCAUUCUUGAAAAAAUUCCCAGAUUUUUCCCGGCUAUUUUGAAUCCACGCCAGUCUGCUUCUUUUAUUUUCAACAUUUUCACCCAGAAGAUCAUGAUAUUUCUCGAGAAGUGCAGGCUAAGGCUGAAAAUAACUCGAAAACAACCUGCAAUUUUUUUUCUCAAAACCCUCUAUUUUUGUUUUGGAAAAAAAAAUUGUCUUCGAGUUAAUAACUUCCUCUUCUAUAGAUCUUACUGUGGUUUGAAGAAGUUACCUUGAAAGUUAUAAAAACAUUAAAAAGGCCAAAAAAACAUGGAUCCAGGUGCUGAUCCUUAUUCAUUUCGUGCUUGAUUUGCAUCUUUUUUUGAGCUCUCGGACGAUCCUGAGACGUUUAGUGAUCACUUAGGUGGUGUUAUCAUAACUUAAGAGAUCACUUUAGGUGUUAGAAUCAUCCCCUAUCAGUCAAUGUACAUUUUAACUUCCCAAAACGACGUCACAGAUUCACUUUCUGGAAUUUGAGCAUGAAAAAUUAGUUUCAAACCCGUCGCCAACUGUCUUUCCAACAUUUCUUAAGUUCAGAAUAAUAUAAAGUUCAAGAUAUUUCUGAACCCUACCUGAAAUUUACCCGAAAUUAACAUGCAAUCCUUCAAAACUUUGUUUUUUUUUUCAAAGGAUUCGAGUUUUUCGAGUUAAUAACUUCCUCCUUUUACUCAACCUACACACACUCUACCGUAAUUGGAGGGAGUUGCCACCUUGAACGUUAUAAAGACGUAAUAAAAUCUCUCUCAAAGCCGAAAAAAAAACAUGGAUCCAGCUGCUGAACCUUAGUCAUUUCGCGCUUGUUUUGCGUCAAGCUGCAGGUGCCGAAGAUGUCAAGACCUACUCGGGCAGAAUACAUAUAUAAGUGUCGAGUUGAAACUCGAGAGUCCAUUUACAGCUAGGCUUUCCAAGUUUUUUUAGUUCACCCAAUUUCUCCUCUAAACAAUUCCUAACCGCAAAUAUCGUUAUCGUUAUCAUUUUCGAUCCAGAAAAAAUUGUUUCUUUCAUUUUCUUUUCAGCACCAAAUAGUCUAUUCACGGAUAGAUUCUCGCAAUUUUUUUUCGAGUUUUCAAACAGUAUUUAAUCCUAGAAGUUAGAAGGAACCUAUUUAUGCUUACAAACUUAUUAAAAUAAGGAAUUCAGUAAUGUCGGUCGAAACGUUACUCGGCUACGAAAUUGGUACUCUUUUUUUCUGGGUUGGAUCGUCGUUUUGUUGUUUCCGAGCACAUUUCUCGGCGUCGGUCGUCUUUCUUUGAUCCUUCAUCAGGUAAUUUUUAUUUUUUUAAAAAAUUUAAAGUUUGCCUAUUUUUUUCUAGUAAAUUCUAUCCACCAAAGACGGAUCAAAAACUUGAAAGGAUUUGCAAAAUUCAAAAACGAUUUCCCCCUCAACGACUUUUGUCCCCCCUCAACGGUUUUUUUACCCCCCCUUCAACGAUUUUUUUAACCUGAGUAUAAAACGAGUAUAAAACGUUCUUUCCCCAGCUAAUGAGAAGAGUAAAAAGUACUACGAAAAUAUUUGAAACACAAAUCAGGUUUUUUUUUUCAUAGAGAUCUGCUAGCUUACAAGUUUUGAAUUGAACAUAUCUUUUUCUAAUUCAUAUUUGUAAAAUCUGUUUUUUUUUUCUAGGCCGCCCUCACCUUCCACAUUGCCAAAAGCUUCAGCCCUUAUAUCCUCCAAGGUCACGACCAUUUUAACAAGGUUAUUUUUUUUAUAUUUUCAAAAAAAUUCUUUUUUUCAGAAUAUGUUCAUGUUAUCCGACUUUCUGGUCACCUUCUCCACUACGAUCAUUCUUUUGAAUCUUCAAUUCAGACACUCAAAAGCUAAAAAUCGACUUACCUUCAGCAUCAAUAUGCUUUUAGUCUUUUCCUGCUCACUCUUUAUGAGCCUUGGAACGUGUCGACUGUUCAAAGUGAGUGAAAACUUUCAAAAUCGUGUCAAUUUAUCAUUUCAGGAAAAAGUGACUCUUGAUACAGUGUACAUCGUGUCCCGUAUUUUAAUCCGUAAGAAAUUAUUUUUUUGCAAUAUCCAAAAUUUUUUUCAGUCAUUAUCUCUAUUGCAACUAUCAUAAUAACAGCGGAUUCGAUUUUCUCCAAAUACAGAAAUUAUCAAGUUAAAUUGAUUGCAACGUUUAUGGUGAGGCUUCUGUAUGGAAAUCGAAAUCCAAGUCAAUUUUUCAGAUUUUUUCUUUGAUAUUUGGUGACAUGCUUCCGAGUAUCGUCUUCACGGAAUAUUUCGAUCCGGCAGAAUCAAGCGCAAGCCAAAAGCAGCUCAUUUUUGUUUGGAUUUUAUUGAAUCCCUUGAAUCAACUUUUGUAUCUCAUAUUGAUCAAUAUCCUCGACCCGAAGCAAUGCGAAAAGUCCUUGAAAGUGCUGAGUGAGUUUUAAUUUUGUUCAAGAAUAUUUUAGGGUGAAGAAGUUUUUUGGAUAUUUUUUUGAAUAAUAAUUUAUUUCCCAAAAAAUUUGUUCAUUUCCCUAGAAAACCUCCGAGUCCUUAAAACCACGAAGUUAAAUAGAGCUUCCAGAGAAAAAAUUGAAAGAGAAGAAGCUGAAAAGAGAGAUCAGUAGUAUUCUGAAGAGACGCCGGAGAAGCAAGAAAAAUAUUUUUCUCUCGGAUCUCUUUAGACCUUUGCUAGUUUCUCUCAGAUAGAAGUCAAAAAUCUUUCAGCGGAGGCCUGAAGAGACGCCUGAGAAGCGAAAAAUAUUCUUUCUCUGGAGUCUCUCUGCUAGCCGCUCAUCUUUCUUCCCGAUGACCAAAUCACUAGUUUUCCAAAUUUCAAUACCAACCUUUCUCGAAAUUUAUAACAUUUCAAGUUUCAUUCUUUCAGAUCUCCGCUUCCGACCCCCGAGGAAAGUUGAAGCCAACUGCCCGGAAGAUAAAAAGAAAACCCAGACGUUGCAAGUCCCGCCGAACAUUCCUCCCGGAGCUUUGGCUAGCAAAAACCGGAGAAAAUCCAGCUAUUCUAACCAAGUUGGAGAUAUUCCAACCAAGAACCUCGAGCUCAAACUCGACUUCUGUACCCUCGAAAAUGGGGAAAACUCCCCGAUGGGAAGUGCCACACUUGGGAAGAAGUUCCAAAACGACGACAACUAUUUGUUGAGCGAGGACCAGAAGAAGAAGCUGAAGAAGAGAAACCGGAAGCUGAGGAAAUGCCGUUCCAGCCCGGGCCGCUUGGGAUCGAGAAAUUUAGAUAUCGACGCGAAGUUGAAAAGGCUCACCGCCCAUCUCCGAACACUUCAGUUCUAUUGA